AUGCUGCAUGGAUGCCCGUUACCCGGUCUUAUAUCUGCUAAACGCUCGGAGGAGCAGGACUUGCAUGAUGCCUACUUCGAAGUGUUCGACAAGUACAGAAGUGUCAGGGAUUUCUUGGUCGAUGAUAAAUGGCAGAAGGGCUCAGGAGUCUGGGGUAGAGAAAUUAAUGACGGAGUUAUGGUACUCUUUAUUGGAGAAGUCGCAGUUUCGGGCAGCUCUGAUGGCUACAAGGAUCCGACCUCCCGAGCGAUCGCGACCAUGCUUUUGCGAAACUUGCUUCGAUCCAAACAUAUUGCCUCAUCCGGCGCGCAAUACAUGUUUUCAUGGUCCUGGCCCAGCAACGCAGGGAAAAACUCCAGUCCCUGCACCCGACGAAUUAGUCUCCUCAGAUCUGUCGGUUUCCGUCGCGUAGGACGCACGGCCGUUUUCGCCUUCGCCACAUCUCCCACCCAUCCCUCACGCUACAUCUCCGCUCGAGACGAUAUUGACAACCCCCCUCCCCCUGACUGUCCGGUUGUAUCGAAAGAUGGUGUUCUUACCUAUGGCAGGCCCGACGAUCUCGAACCAAUAGGCGCGGAAUACGACUCUCGUUUCUUCCCUGUGCAUUAUUACCUUCAGACCGCUCUUGAAGAACAAAUACCUCUCAUCAUCCUCGGUUUUCAUCGUUCUAAGCCUUCCAUCAUUCACGAUAGAGACUAUCGCGGAUUCACACCCUUACUCGUGGCCGUUCAACAGCCUUCUGUCGCAGCAGUCAGAGUUCUGCUUUCUCUCGGCGCGAGUAGGGAUAUCGAUAGGAGGGACAACGUGGCGUUCAUGAGCGCCAGGGAGCUGUGCGGCCGCCUCUUGAAUAAGCGGAAGGAAAAGGAUGAUGCUGAGUUCGGGGUGUUUAGAGGAUUUGACGAGAAAUUCUUAAGGAUCAAGUGGUUGAUGAAGAAGGCAUUGGGGGAAGCCGUGGGCAUGGGUGGGGGAACGGAGGAGGAAUAUGUUAGGAAGAGGAGGUGGGGAUACCGUUGUUCCGUGAUCAUAGAUCGCAUCCCUCACAUUCCGGACGCUCUCUUGACGGCGCCUCGUAACCGCCAUACGCAGAGCGCCUCGGAAUCGUCCUUCAAGUUUACUCCUAUAAAGGAUCAAGACGUUGACCCAUCCCUCUGUUUUCUCCCCUCCCACAUUCGUACCCGUCUUACCCCUCCUCUAUAUAAAGGCUGGCGCGCCACAUUUUGGCUUAUCCACUCCUUCCUACGCCACACGCUUUUCCAAGACGCUCCGACCGUCUCGAACCUUCGUGAACAUCUGAAAACCAAACUCAAGACCGUUGGUACCAAGUCCAAGACUCGAGAAAAUUGUAAGCUCACGCCUGGUAUGAGUUUCACGGUCGGCGUAGAAGAACUCGAAGCAGUCGACUUUUAUCUCUCGAACGGCGGUCUCCUCGACUUUUCCAUCGACUACAUUUUUCAAAUAAGCAGCAUGUCGACCUACACGCUCAACACGACCCAUCCAUCUCUCAUCCCUCUCCGUCUCCACGACCGCACCUUGAACCUCGUCCGGCUCUUGGGCCUCAGUCUGUCGUUGGAAAGCCCGGACUCUGGGUUUGGUAGGAAGAUCAGGAAAUGCGCAUUGGAUGAGGAGCUGGAGAUGGCGAGGGAUUGGUGCUGUCCGGGGUAUUCGAAGGAGAUGUUGAAGUGGGGACCGCACGAGAUUGGGGUGGAAGAGAGGGCUAUGUUUAGAUUGGAGAGGUUUUCGGAUGAGAGUGGAGGUGGUGGCGUUGGCUCGUUAUAUAGUUCGGGUGGUGUGCAGAAUGAUAGAUAUGGGAACGGAGUGGAGGCAGAUGAAGUUCCAAAACAGAAGGAGGGGAUAAAGAAGAAUGAAAGUGGGAAGUAUGCAAAGAGAUUUGCGUUGGCAAUUGGGCGAGAAUGA